AUGCCGAGCACCACGAACGGACCUUCUAUCACAGUCAACGGCGCGUCUGCUCCAUCUAUCUUGACCGACGAUGAGCAAGCAGUUCGAGACCUGAGGAAGUUCAUCAUCGAUAUCUGUCGACAGAACGGUGGUGGCCAUGGAGGGUCGGCGAUUGGGAUGGCUCCUCUGGGCGUGGCUCUCUGGCGCCAUACAAUGAGAUACAAUCCAAAGAACGCCGACUGGUUCGAUCGAGAUCGAUUCGUGUUGUCGAAUGGCCACGCUGCUAUGUUCAUCUACACGAUGUUACAUGUGACCGGAUAUCCGAAUAUGAUGUUGGACGAGGUGAAGCUGUACGGCUCACCCAAGGCAGUCGAUCCGGAGACUGGUAAAUGGACGGCCACGCUAUGCCAUGGUCACCCUGAAUUGGACGUUCCAGGCAUCGAAGUCACUACUGGGCCGCUUGGUCAAGGGGUGGCGAAUGCGGUAGGCCUUGCCAUCGCCUCGAAGCACCUGGCAGCAACCUUUAACAAGCCAGGCUACGACGUGGUUAGUUCUCGGAUCUACUGCACCACGGGCGAUGGAUGUCUUCAGGAAGGAGUCGCCCAAGAGGCUAUGGCUCUUGCAGGUCAUCUUCAGCUCGAUAACCUCGUUCUCUGCUACGACAACAACCAGGUCACCUGUGAUGGCCCCCUGGAGUGGAUUGUGUCCGAAGACACCAAUGCCAAAAUGCGCGCAAUAGGAUGGAACGUGAUCGAUGUUUUCACAGGUAAUAGCUCGGUCGACGAUAUUGUCUCAGCGCUGAAGCUUGCCCGGUCGACCAAGGGCAAACCUACCUUCAUCAACAUCCGCACCACAAUCGGUUACGGGACGUCCACCGCGGGCACUUUCAAGUCGCAUCACGGCACCUAUACUGAUGCGGAUGCCGCCUUGUACGCGUCUGCCAAUGUAUCAACCACACAUACUCUAUCAGAACAAACAAAAGCGUACCUCGCUGGGUGUGAGGCAAGAGGCCAAACUCUGGAAGAGGACUGGAAUGACCUCCUGGUGGCCUACAACAAGGCUUACCCCAUCGAAGCCCAGCUCCUGUCCGACCGGAUGAAUGGCAAGGUCGACUAUGAGACUGUCCUUUCUUCAAUUCAAGUUCCCGAGGUCGUUCAAGCUACCCGACAAUUCAAUGGCACCGUCUUUAAUACCCUCAUGUCACAUGUUCCACACCUCAUUGCUGGUGGCGCCGACCUCUGGAACAGCAAUCAAAUGGGUGACCAGACGUCUCGGAUCUAUUCCGGGGGCAACCCAGAGGGCCGCGUUAUUCGGUAUGGCAUUCGCGAACAUGCAAUGGCGUCCAUCUCGAACGGACUAGCAGCCUACAGUCCCGGCACCAUUAUCCCUAUCACGGCGACAUUCUUCAUGUUCUACUUGUACGCAGCGCCUGGCGUGCGGAUGGGUGCACUAAGCCACCUCAAAGUUAUCCAUGUGGCCACCCACGACUCGAUCGGCGAAGGCCAGAACGGUCCAACUCAUCAGCCGGUCGAACUCGACUCUUUGUAUCGAGCGAUGCCACACCUCGCGUAUAUCAGACCCUCGGAUGCCGAAGAAGUCAUAGGUGCUUGGUCGACAGCAUUAGGUCCGGCAACUAAGGAGAUGUCGGUUAUCAUCUCGCUGGCUAGGGACCCAGCAAUCACCGCGAUACCGAACACAGAUCGAGCCAAAGUCGCCCGAGGCGGCUACGUGGUUGUCGAGCAGAGUGACGCCGUCGUCACUCUCAUUUCUUGCGGCUCGGAAUUGCAAUUUGCCGUCGCGGCGGCGAAGCAGCUGACAGAACAGCACAGCAUUUCGACGCGGGUGGUCAGCAUGCCGUGCAUCAGCCUGUUCGAAGCCCAAUCCGAGACAUACCAGAACGAAGUGCUUGGGUUGACGGAACAUGUGGUUAGCGUCGAAGCCUAUGUCAGUAGCAUGUGGGCCAGGUUUUGUACAGCAAGUGUGGCGAUGGAUGACUUUGGGUAUUCCGGAGCAGGCAUUGAAAACUUUAGGAGGUUUGGCAUUGACGAUGUCGGGAUUGUCAGGAAGGUGAAGAAGCUUCUGCAAACCAGCACAUCAGGGAAAGGCAGAGCAAGAUGGAGGUUGUUGAAGUAG